UUAAAAAUUCAAAUUUUGUAUUAAACUUGUUAUAGAAAUAGUUUUUAAAUUUAGUUCCUACUUUAUUUAAAAAUAAUUAAAAAUCAAUGGAUUCGUGAUCAAUGGAUUAUGGAAUAGAUAAUAAUGCAAGUUCCUGAUACUGCAUCUCCGAUUAGUUUUGCUCAUGCACCUGUAAGUCGCACACUAUUAAUAACCUAUGGAGUUUCGUCAGCCACUGCCUCACUUUUACUUUCCAAAUAUCAUUCUGAGUUUACUCUCAAUUGGAGAAAUGUUGUUGAGCAUAAACAGGUUUGGAGAAUAAUAACAUCACAAUUUAUUUGUGAUAGUUAUUUUGAUUCUAUAUGCACUUGUGUUAUGGUUUAUAAUCUUUUGGUGCUUGAAAGGAGAUGGGGAACAAGAAAGUACCUUUCAUGGCUUCUUUCAAUGUGGUUUAUGUCUCUUGGAUUAAACUUUAUUUUAUAUAAACUGGCAUUUAAUAACAUUGAUAUUGCUCCAUGUGGACUUUAUGGUCCAAUCUUUGCCUUGCUAGUAUUUUAUCAUAAGGAAAUACCUAGCGGUAGUCAGAAAAACACAUUUGGUUUUUUGUUUACUCGAAAAAUGUUUACUUAUUCUCUUGCAUUACAGAUUUGUAGAACAAAGAAAUCUCUACUAUUGGCUGGUUGUGGAAUUAUAUCAGGCCUAAUAUAUCGUUGGAAUAUUUUCAAAAUCCAACAAUGGCGUCUUGUUCCUGAAUCUAUAUAUUCAUUUUUGUAUUCUUUUUAUUCCUAUUUCCUUCCAAGGGAGGAGUCUCUUCCUUCCAAGAGAGUUUUUAUUGGAGCUACACCUGAAAUUCAUGAAGAUAUAUUAUAUGACUAUGCCAUUAAAAAGCAAAAUUUUACGCGGAGAUAUGUUGCUAGGGAUCAGAUACAUCAAGGAUAUUCUGAUGUAGUUAACCCAUCCUUUUCUCAGUUGUUCCAACAAGGUCAGCCUGUUGAGGCAUCAAAUGUUAAUCCUGUUCAAACACCUUCAGAAGAAAAGAUUAAAACUCUUGUCGAUAUGGGGUUUAGUCGUGCAGAUGUUGUUCAUGCACUUUUAAGUUCAAAUGAAGAUUUGCAAGCCGCUACCUCCUUACUGUUAUCUUCUACUUCCUCUUCAUAAUUCGCUUAUGAAUAUCUAGUUUUAAAAUUGAAAUUGUUCUUUAAUGAAUUUUUUUAUUAUUAA